AUGGAUCGAUUUCUGAAUAUUAUGAUGGCGAUGGAUGCCAAGAAUGGAAUGGGAAUCAAUAAUACAUUGCCAUGGAAAUUAAACGAAGAUGAACGAUGGUUUUUGAGCAUAUCAACAACGACGAAAGAUCCGUUAAAACGAAAUGCUGUAAUUAUUGGUCGAUUGACCUACGAAUCAUUUUGCAAAUAUUUAACGAAAAAAUCGAUCAAAGCGAAUUAUGAGCAAAGUCAUCUCGAUGCUGUCAGAUCGUUUGACGAAGCUGUUCGAAUGGCACGUGGAUUUCUUGACGAUCCAGAGAAAGGUAUUGAAUCCGUGUUUGUGCUCGGGGGUGUCCAACCGUACGAACAAGCUAUGGCUUCGGAUCUGGUUCAUCGUAUCUAUUUAACAAGAAUCUUUGCUGAAUAUUCAUGUGAUACGUAUUGGUCAAACUUAAAUUUGAGCCAAUUUCGACGAAUUCAACGAUCGAAAGAUGAGAUUCUUGCAGAGCUCGAUGAUCAAAUUAUAGAAGAAAAUGGUGUUACUUAUCAAUUUCAAGUUUAUGAAUUUGAUGGGAAACAAUAA